AUGAAUGACGGCGGCUCCGCGUAUUCGUUCGCAGUUGUGAGGCCGCUGCUUCCACACAGUGCAGGCCGUGAAGCGGCGUCGAGUCAAGCAGCGUCCCCGGGGAUAUGCCAUAUCUGUAUACGCGGCGCGAUAUCGCCUCUAAUCACGGCUACAAAUCCCCCACUCGUGGCACGGGCAGAUGCUCUCCCGCCGGUGGAUUACCUGGCAACGCCACAGCAGAGUGGAGUGCGGCUGUGGGGUUGUGAGGCGCAGGAGAGCUCAACGCCACUGCCGCAUUCGGAGCUGCAGCUGCCUGAGGGUCAGGGCGAAGAGUCAGACCUGAGCGCCAAGGGCCGUAAGGCGUUUGCGUCGUCCAGUAGCUUCGCCGGGGAUUUAGUAAGAAGCAAAUGGAAGGCUUUGCGAGAUAGGUACCAGAUUCCUACUCCUAGAUCUGGAGCUGCUGUUCAGCACCAUAGAAUAAGCUGA